AAUGCACCUCAGCUGAUGGGGGCUGGAGCCAGGACUCCUGGGUUCUCUCCUCGGCUCUGGGAGCAGAGGGGGACCUAGCAGGUUGAGGGCUUGUUUCAGGCCCAUUAACCCUUUCACCCCCAGGCACUAACUGGAUGCUGGAGAUCCUGAGUCUGAUCCAUUGUGACGGGGACCCCGGCUGGGUGCGCAGCGUGCUGAACUGGGAGCGGGCGCCCUGGGUGGAGAACCGGAGGGGGCUGGAGGCUGCCCUGAAAUACCCCCCGCCCCGGCUGCUCUCCUCCCACCUCCCCGUCCAGCUCUUCCCCAAGUCCCUGCAGCGCUCCAAGGCCAAGAUCAUCUACACCCUGCGCUGCCCCAAGGACGUCCUGGUCUCGCUGUACCACUUCUCCAAGCUGCUGCUCCUGUUCCAGGACCCUGGUUCACUGGACUCCUUCCUCGAGGACUUCCUGAGCGGGAACGUGCCCUACGGCUCCUGGUUCGACCACAUCACUGGCUGGAUGGGGCUGAAGGGCAACGAGAACUUCUUCUCCAUCAUCUACGAGGAGCUGCAGCAGGAUCCGUGGGGCAGCGUGCGGAGAAUCUGCAACUUCCUGGGGAAGGAGCUGAGUGGGGAGCAAGUGGCCACGGUGGUGGAGAACGCCUCCUUCCAGAGCAUGAAGGGGAACAAA